UCAAGUUAUAAUAUUUGGUUCCUUCAAUGACAAAUAAAGAGGCCGAUUCCUUGAUAGAGAGCCUCUUAUCUGAAAUGAUAUGAACGAGGAAGUGUCUUUCACACGGCAAUGGAGAACUCGCAAGCAGCACUUCUGACGCUGGGGCUCCUGCUGUUUCUAAAAGGGUCUUCAACACUGAUAGAAAGAGCUGUCACAUAUCCUGUGAUCGGCAAGGUUGGAGACAAUGUAACGCUGGAGGUGAAAUCCCGUGGAGCUCUAGUUGCAGUGACAUGGACUUUCAGCCGUACAAGGAUCCAUGUGGUGUCAUGGGCCGGAUCAGUCACAGUCACAGGCCCGGGAUAUGAGAACAGAGUCACCCUGAACACAACUACAGGGUCACUGGAGCUCAGAUCUGUGCAGCUCAGCGACGCUGGAGUGUAUACAAUUCAGGGCACUGCCUUUGUAUCGGGAAGUGUAAACGUAUUCAGUGGAAAAGUUACCUUGAACGUUUAUGAGCCAAUAACUAAUGUAAAUGUGAAACCCAGCCUUGCACAGCCAAUAGCAAACCAGACUCUAAACCUGACCUGUGAGGUGCUUGGAUCACAGAUUGUUUCCUCAAGGCUCUGGCUGAAGGACGGUCAGCCCUUGUCCACUAGUGACAGAAUAACAUUGUCUGUGGACAACAUUGUAGUCUCCUUCAACCCAGUGCUGCAGUCUGAUAAAGGAGAAUAUCAGUGUAAAGCUGAGAACCCUGUAAGUGAAGUGGCGAGUGCUGGAUACAGAUUGGAGGUCAAUAGUAAGUAUCCAAAGAUUCUCUCUUCUCUGUGCAUGUGUUGCAUUCAGACUCGUUCAGCCUGCUCCACUGGGGUGUGAGUGUUUAAGGCUCUUCAAUGUUAUCUUGUGUGUAUUGCAGAUGGACCAGAGCAGGUAUCUAUUACAGGACCAGACUCAGCAGUUCUCAAUUCCUACGUGACAUU